UCGACUUUCCGAUCGAACGCGUCGCAUCUAGAUCUAUUCGCGCGUUCGUGACUGUUGCUUCCGAGAAGAAUUGGCAAUGUUAUCGCGCGUUAUCGUCAGCCAGGGAACGCGAAGCGGAAGAUUACGUUACGUUCCGUUAAUCUCGCAUUUUCAAUCAAGCAGCUGUCAAACUAUCGAAAAUUUCGUUGAACGAAAUUGUCAAAAUUGAUGGCCCUCGUGUACGAAUACAUCUGCAUGCGAUGUCGACUACUUUGACCCGGAAGUAGCUAUCUGAGCUUCAAAGGCAUUCGCGACGCUGUCCUGUAUUAGUGUCCGAGCAUUUACACGUUUACGGUUACCUAGAUUCAUUCGUGCGAAUAAAUCUCUCCAUUUUUGUUUCCAUCUCUCCUUUUCUUCCCAAGAUAAUCUAGAUACGUACAUCAUUUUAAGGUAGAAGAGAACGCGAAAGUCAACUACGAGAGGCAGAAACAAAUCUAAUAUUCCGAAUCGAGCAAUUUUUCAACAUUUUUUCUGAUACCCUGCUGCAACUGCUUCGUCGCGAUACUUCAAUGCACGAGAAAUUUGUUCUUGCACUUUAUUUUGCAUUUAAAAUAAAAUAUAUAUAGAUAUACAUACGUAUGUAUCAUACUUUGACAUUGAACGAGGGUGCGUGGAAAGUGCAGCUAAAAUGAACAAACUUAAUUUAGUCGUGUGUUUACAUCACAAAGUUAUCGCGCGAGCGAUCGACGAAACAACCGCAGCGGCCAUUUGCAUUCGCGGGACGGACUCUCCGUCCGAAUGGAGAACGGAUUGUCCCGAUUGUGGAACGCAUCUUGGCGUACGCGCUGCAUCUUUUUGCCGUUUGUAAAAUGGCGAGGGCGAGUAAUGACGUAUCGAGGAUCGUGUGCGCGAAUAUCAUUCAGGAGAACAAGAAGAGGCUGCUCGAGGCGCGAAUUAAGAAUCAGGUAUUGCCCCAUAAGGGAAAGAACCGAGCUAGGCAGGACCUGAACAAAUUGUUUAGCAAACUCAAUCAGACUGUGGGGACAAACUUGGUGAAAACGUCAGAAAAGUUUAACCUGCCAUGUUACAGUACGAGCGUUACUGCAAAAUGUUGGUACGGUCCAGUUCUGGGUUUUCCACCUGGAUCUUGGUGGGGCAUACGCAUGGACUGCUCUAGGGAUCAUAUGCACGAUCCGUUUGAUGCCGACGUACACGAAGGAUCGUUUGGUGUUGUUUCAGUUUGCACUUCUCAUACCAAUAUGAACGAGGAUGUGGAUCUUGGUGAUUUUCUCACGCUCACAGGUCAGAUGUAUCGCGAGGAGCAACCUGGCGCCGAUCCCUUCAUUCGCAACUACAAGAAUCAGAUACCGUUAAGAUUAAUCAGAAGCUACAGUCUGCAAGACGACAUCGCGCCAAACACAGGUUAUAGAUAUGACGGACUCUAUAUAGUUAUAGGCUGUUGGAUAGGCGUAGCUUCGAAUGGAACCAAGUACAAUAAGUUUGCUCUAAUGCGUUUGGCCGACCAAGACCCGCCAAGCUGGAACAAAUCAAACUCGGAAGAUUUAAUUUCCGCGCGACAAUGCGAUCCGUUAUCGAAAUCAAACCACUCGAAUGCGUAUGAUUUGAGAAAAUGUUCGUAUAACAUUAGCGGUAUUUGCGGCAAGCGAAAACUCAGCCACAGAGAUGAUUUAUCAGUUGCGAAAAUGGCUUCGUUUGUAGAUAUCGGUCGAAAAUCUGUACCUGAAAGUUUUAUCGUCACGCGUCAUGUUUUUAAGAAACAACCGAGUAAUGCGGAAAACACAACGUCGACCAUCCUAUCCGAUCAAAAGACAUUAACGUGCAUGGGUACGUCAGCUGCUAAAACUCACAGUACAAAUAUCUCGAUACGCAUGGGUUUAUACGAAUCGUCGCAUAACGCUCAAGACGCAAAGAAGAAUGUUUCGACAAUGUUGCACAAGCCGUCCAAGUCGAUCGAUAUCGCUAUUCGUACGGCAUUGGAUAUGGAGAACAUUCGUUUGACAUCGAAAGAGGAUAAUAAACUCUUCACGAGGCUAGAUGCGGAUAAACCGCUGAAUAGUCCUCAACUAAAUGAAAAUGUAUCUUGUAAUGGAUAUAUCGUGACUGAGAACGCAAACGAAAUUAUUUGCCCAUUGAAGAAACGCAAAAAUUUGCAAAUUUUAAACUCGGAACAUUUGCAUUCCUCCGUCUUGUCUACAUCGCUAAAUAGUCUCGAAAAUGAUGCAAACGUUAUCGAGCAUAAAGAACAACUUGAAAAUAUUCAGCAAUAUUUAGAUUCACCAAAUUUAAAUUCCAGUAAUGAAUUGGAUAUACAGAUGUCAAACCCUAGUCCCCCCCUAGACGAAUCAAUUUCGAGGAACUUGAUCACAAUGCACGAAAAAGUUUCCAAACACCAUGAUAUUUUGGAUAUAUCGAAUGAAUCGCUUUGCGCGCAAAACAUAAAAUCCUUGGAUUCUUUGACACCAGAUAAGAUCUUGAACUUGAUUAAUAAGGAGAAGCAUCAUCCUCUAUCCAAGUUAUUGAUUGGAAAUGUGAUAGGAAUAACUAGUGAAGAAUGUGCAAUGUUGGAUGAAUCAAAGAUAAACUUGGAUUCCAAGAGCAAGAUGCAUAUAUCGUCAAAGGUAAAUCUUAAGAAAAGACGCAAAAAAGGAGAUAAUAUAAAAGAAAAUGUCGCGUGUCUGGACAACAGAAGAUACUGUAAAUAUUCCAAAUCCAAGAGAUUAUCUUGGAAGGUGCAAUCGGAUGCGGGAAAAUUUGACAAGACUUUACCUAGCGUGGAUCGCCAAUCAUGCAACGAUGCAAAUCAGAAAUGUAACAAUAAUACAAGGAAGAGCGAUAUACCCAAGAAGAGCAACGAGUAUUUAUCACCGUUUCGCGUACAAGCUUCGCUUCAGACUAUCGCCCAACAUACUCGUAGUUCGUAUGACAUAAAGACUCGUCUUAGGACCGAUAAAGGCGCGAUGGGCUCGAUGAAACAAAAGUUUUCCGAUUCGUCGACUAAAAAGAGCAGAUAUAAGAAACGAGAUAGAGAAAUCGCCAACUUGUCGAUAGACGCCAAUUUUAGUCCUAUAACUCGCGGACCAAGAAAUAGGAGAUUACGAUGCAAAAACACUACGUACGCAAACAAGAGAUGUUGUAGCACUUUCAAUACCGUGAUUUAUUCGCCUAGCAAACGAUGCAAGUCUAGCUUUAAACGAAAGAGCAAAUUGACUAAGGUAAAACGUACCAGUGAUGGACAAGCUAAGAGCAGAGAUAGGAUAUCUGACGCUUUGCAUACAAAUGUUAAAGAUAUGAACGAUACGACCGAAAAGCAGAAAAAUUUCGAGGCUGCCGCCAACAACGAUAGUGCGAAUAAAGAUUACAAUCGUAAUAAUGUCAGCAAAAGGAAGGAGAAUAGAGUUGCAACGGUUGGCGACGAUGAUCGUAACAUCUCCAAGGCUUCCUUCGACAGAGGCCUUCGAAAGAAACUGACGAUCCCUUUAUCGCAUCGCGCUGCUCAAACGCCACUCUUACACUAUUUUCAUAAGAAACAGGCUCAGAAACCCAGAACAAUGGACGCGACGACGCAAUGCAAACUCGUCUCCGAGAACCCAGAGGUCUUUGUUAUCGGACAGCUGAACGAUCAAAAGGCUAUCUUGAAGAUGGAGUUGGACAAAUACAAGAAGAUGAUGAGAUCGGAAUCUAUAUGCGAUGCAACAGACAACGAUCGAGUAUUCCAAAUUUGUCAAACAGCACGACUUGCUGCUUCUGCAAAGAAGAAUAACGUGAAGCGCAACGAAGAACAGACGGAUUUCUCCCAGGAUAGAACGUCGGCCUUUGUGCCUGUGACGAACGCGUUUGACACUGAUUUGCGAAUCGCACGGCUCAGGUCGAUCGGCUUCAAGCCUAUUAUUGAACCAAGGUCCCCGCUUGAAAUUGUCGCGUACGAUUCCGAGCUUGACCAAAAUCCUACCUUCGUGACUACGAGCAAAGUAACGAAGCGAGAUGUUGCCGAGAGAUACGACAAGUACGCCAGUGAAGACGAUAAUGCGGUCAUUUACAUGGAUGAUGAAUUGCAAUAUCGAGAUAUCGAGGAAGAGGAGGAGGAGGAGGAGGAGGAGGAAGAAGAAGAAGAAGAAGAAGAGGAGGAGGAGGAGCAGGAGGAGGAAGACGAGGAGGAAGACGAGGAGGAGGAUAACGAUAAAGCAUCGGCAAACAUGAUGAAAUCGAAAGUACGAUCAAAGAACAAUGUGUUUCCGGAAAACUUGGAAUCUCCGUGGCACGGUUGGAAAAAGAUUGUGGCGAACAAUCGAUCGUAUUGGAUCGGCUGGUAGUAGUUGUAAAUUGUUGUUGUAUAAAUGCUUCUUCACUGCAAUCAGAAAAAUGAACAUGUUUCAUCCAAACGUGUGUACAAUAUUUUGUAUCUUUAUUCUUCUUUUUUGCCAAAAAUUGAAGGCUGUUGAUAACAUUUUAAAUUAUUUUUCUAACAAUAAUAAUACGAUAUUCGAGUUGACUAACAUAUUUUUAA